CGGGAGUCGCGCAGUGCGCCUGCGUGAACAUUUGCACACUGGCUGCGUCUGGCUGCGUCAAGCUAGCCACACGUAGCCGUUAUCGAAAGUUGAAUGAACUGGCUUUCAAAAUAAGUGUAUCGUCGUUACUUCAAAUCGCGGCCGAACUGCCUUCUUGUGACCCUGGCUUUAAUUUCAGAGUUCCAAGCGGAUGUAAUUUUGUUAUUCCCGUGUCUUGACGCUUCGGCGGGCAACGCUAUUGGUUUGCAACGGCAUUGUUAAAUGUUAAAUGAGAGUUUACCGCAUAUGACACAAGUGUGGGUCGCUCAGCUUUUCAUUUUGAAACAAGAUGUUUGGCUUCCACAAGCCAAAGAUGUACCGGAGCAUAGACGGCUGCUGCAUCUGCAGAGCCAAGUCAUCCAGCUCCCGCUUUACUGACAGCAGACGCUACGAGACCAACUUCAAGAGCUGCUUCGGGUUGGGUGAGGUACGUUGUGGGGACAUCUGUAACGCCUGUGUCCUCCUGGUCAAGAGAUGGAAAAAACUUCCAGCUGGAUCCAAAAAGAACUGGAAUCAUGUGGUCGAUGCAAAAGCUGGGUCGAGCAUGAAGUCCGCACUGAGGACGAAGACCAUGAAGAAGAAGCUGAGGCCAAGCCAGAUUUGUCGAGUGCAGAGCGAGCUGAAGAGAAACAUGUUGUCUGUGUCACUCCCAGACUCAGACGCCCACAGCACCACCUCCAGUGCCUCGCCCGCUCAAUCACCCAGCUAUAGCAACCACUCAGACGAGGGCUCAGAUACAGAGGUUUCAUCUGGCUCCGCCCCUUCUCAGGCAUUCUCCUUCCUGGAUCUCACCUACUGGAAAAGACAGAAGGUGUGCUGUGGGAUCGUGUACAAGGGGCGCUAUGGAGAAGUCCUCAUCGAUCCCCAUCUGUACAAGCCCUGCUGUCAGAGGAAACCAAAACUGCAACAGGAAGAAGAUGGGGAGAUGAACGAGGAGGAGGCAGAGCUGGCAACAGGAAAGGACACAGUUAGCAUGAUGGCACACUUUGAACCCAAACAAGAAGAUUUGGAGGAGGAAGAGCAGCUGGGCCAUGAAGCGCGGUGAUGAGGCACCGGGUUGGUAGAGACUUCCUCGAUGGACAGACAAACAGUAUGACACCGAUGUCCAAACAUGCAGUAACACAAAUGGUCCAAACCAAGCCUCACUGUAGUUCUCCAUCUUUACCAAGCUACUGCAACCCUUCCAGACUUUCUUGAUCUCUGGCGCCACCUGGACUGGAUCCUUGGACUGGUUCUUUUGCAGUGUCUUUGCUUGGUGUGAGAUUCUGUCUUUUUGUAAAUACUUUAUUUAGCUCUCUGUGUGAAAUGCUGGAUCGAUGAAUGCUGCAUGGAAACCUGUGGAGUUCACCCUUUAAACUUUGAUGGAGCCAUGAAUCAGAAAGCAGCCUUCCACUUUGCCUUUCCUUUCCUAGGCUUGUUCUCAAAUGUUGCUCUAUUUAUGUUCCUGCUUCAUUCUAUCAGAUAUGAUCUGAACUUGUUCAUUCACUGUUCAUGAAUCUCUGGGUUUUUGUUGGAGUGUAAACAUUUUGAAAAUCGUGA